UGCGCCUUCCCUCGGAUUGUUUGCUUGAGGUCAUGGGUUGCUUUCACACAAGUCCGGAUAACUUACUACCCAUGACAGAAUGGCAUCAUAGCUCAGGAGAGAAAUGCAUAUAAAGCUCGGGUAUCUUCGACUGGGAACGACAUCCGAGUCAUCGACUUUCUUCUGUCCCAUCACGGUCUCCAGCUUUGAGAACUACGUUGCAUAAUCAUUAGAUAUGGCUGCUCCUACGAUCAAGUUGAACUCUGGGUACGAUAUCCCUAUUGUUGCCUACGGAACAUGGCAAGUCUCGGAAGAGGACGUGACCAGGACGGUCUCAUACGCUAUUACUGAGGCCGGCUACAGACACAUCGACUGUGCGUGGGGAUAUAUGAACGAAAAGGGUGUCGGGGAGGGCAUCAAGAAGAGUGGGAUCAAGCGUGAGGAGUUGUUCAUCACGAGCAAGCUCUGGGGGACGUGGCACAGUCGCGUCGAGGAAGCUCUCGACCAGACUCUUACCGCUCUCGGGACUGAUUACCUUGAUCUGUAUCUGAUGCACUGGCCCAUCCCAUUGAACCCGAAUGGCAACGACGGUUUCAUCCCCAAACGUCCGGACGGAUCUCGCGAUAUCGACGCCAACUGGGACAUCAAAGACACCUGGAAGCAAAUGGAAGCCCUCGUCAAGAAAGGCAAAAUACGCUCCAUCGGCGUCUCCAACUUCUCGAUCCCCACCCUCUCCUCCUUCCUCCCGCAUGUCUCUACCAUCCCCGCAACCAACCAACUCGAACUGCACGUCUACAACCCCGAUCUCGCGCUGGUUGCGUAUUGCAAAGAGAAGGGGAUCGUGCCUCAGGCAUACAGCCCGCUCGGGAGCAAUGGGAGUCCGUUGAUCAAGGAUGAGGAUGUGCAGAAGAUUGCUGGGGAGAAGGGGAUCAGCGGGGCAGAGGUACUUUUGGGGUGGUUGGUGGCGAAAGACAUCGUGGUCGUCACCCGUUCGCUCAACGAAGGCCGCAUCAGGCAAAACAUAGAAGGAUCCGUCAAAGCAUCCAAGCUUCUCACCAAGGAGGACAUCGCCCUGCUGGACGGACUUGCCGCUGCAGGGAAGCAAAAGCGGAUGGUCAUGCCGCCUUGGGGUGUGGAUCUGGGUUUUGACAACUGGACGAACAAGUCGUGGUGAAGGCGCUGGCCAGGGUCCCACAAGCGAAGAAGUUAUUUGUUGAAGCCAGUGUGUACGUCUUUACCGAAUUCAUAGCGGCCGUGUUGUAUUUGUCGCCAUCCCUUCGUCGUCACUUUUGAGCGUAUAAUCUUUCCGCGGUAGCCGCC